AUGGAUGAAGAUCCCGGGACCCGCCCCCACUUCGGACCUCGCCGGCUGCGGCUCGGCGAUAAGGGGGCGGCUGCGCUCCACCCCCGCCCCUCGGGAGCGCCUGCCACGCAAGAUGAAUAUCCCGCCGCCGCCACGGCCCGGGCCGCCGGCCACAAAGCGGGCCUGCGGUCUCCGCCGCGUCCCGGCGCCGGGCUGGCUCGCCCCCACCCUCUCACGGCUCUUGGGUGGAGAUGCGGGGGGGAGCGGGGCGCAGUGCGGGCUGCACCCGGCGCUGAGCUCAGCGAUCUCCGCGCGCCCCCGCACGCGCGCCCCCGCCGCGGCCGCCCGCCGCGCGCUCCCGGCCGGUGCUCGCGGGCCCCGCACAAGGUCACCGUGUGCGGCGACGGGGGCGCGCGCACCCCGGCCUCGCCCGAGCUCCCGGCUCUGCCGCGCCGCGAGCCACCCCCGCGACCUUGGCCCCCCGCGACCGCAGGCCGCAGGGGCGCGCGCUCCGACGGCGGAGACCCGAGCCGCCCGGCCCGGCGGGGGCGGGAGAAGGGACAAUGGCGGCUCCGAGCCCUAAUAAGGGACAUAUGUCCCCGCGUGCUGCCAUUGUGCGGCUCGGAAACGGCCCCCCCAACCCCGCACCCUCGCGCCCCGCCAUUGGCUGCUGGGCCUGACGUCAUGGGGGCCGCAAUCUCGGGGCGGGCGGCCGCGGGCAGGGUUCCCCGCCUGGUUACCAGGCCGCGGGGUGGGGGUGGGGGCUGCAGCCGCGCGGAAGGGCGGAAUGCCACCAAUGGAGCCGAGUUUCUGGAGCCAGGGCACGGCAGCCCCUGUUCCGCCGCGCACGCCGCUCGCCGGGUCGCCGCCGCGCUCGGCCUCGGCCCCUGGGGAGAGCGGCGGGCGGAGGGAGCCUCGCCCGCGGGCGCGGGGUCAGCCCGGGUGACCGAGGGGCAGGGAGACACUGCGGCACGGGGCGCGCGCGGAGCCUGUCACUGCGCUUCCGCUGCCUCAGCACCCGCGCCCGCCCCGCCCGCCCCUGCGGGUCCCUGGCCUUCGCCCCGAUGUGGGCGGGCGCGCGGGACCAGCCUGAGGUCGACCCGGCUCCCUUCCCGAAAGAUCCCAAGUCCGGGGCUCGUGGGUCCCCGGCCGGUCGCCCCGUCUCCCCCCACCCCCGACAAUGCCGCGGGUCGCGGGCUGCCGAUCCCGGAGCUGCGCGGGGAACCACCGAAUGCGGGGGCCGCGGCGUCCCCAGGACCCUUCCCAGGAGACCCCGGCCGGGCCCGGCCCAGCGCAGCCAUUUCCGCCGCCCCGCCGCCCGCCCCCUCCCGCUGCUCCUCGGCUUUAAAAGCCGGAGGCUGGGCCGGGCCGCAGGCAGAGGCGGCGGCGGGCGCAGGAGGCCGGGCCCGGGAGCUGUCCGAGCGCCGAGCCCCGCCCCCGGAGCCCCCGUCUCUCCCCCCGUCUCCCUCGGCCCGCCCUCCCUGCGCACCCCUCCCCCCGAGGACCCCCGCCCCCCGCCCGCCGCCGCCGCCGCCGCCGCCGCUCGCUCGGGCUGCAGAACAAUAA